AUGAAUAAUCAAAGACCUCCACGAUUGAAACAGCUGUCUGGGGCUGCUGGGAGAAAAAGAGCGAUGAUUCGGAAAAAAAACGAAAGCAAAAACAAACGAACGCUUUUAGAUUGCGUUCGUUGGACAAAUAUCGAAGAUAAAUGCAAGCAGUUCAAUGGUAUUGAGAUCGGUAUCAAUGACUCUAAUGAGUUGCCAGACCAUAAUUCCGACAAACUUUUUCUUGCCGAUGACAUCGAUGACUCCCAAAAAACAUCAUCACAUUUAAAAAAGGAUCAGUUGGAUUUUGUACUUGAUUGUCACAAUGACAAACAAAUUUAUAAAAGUGAUCUUUCUAUACCAAUCUCUAACGAUCCUGCACUAUGGAAAUCAAUAUCAGACACUGAUCGAACGAAUAUAAUUCUGAUGGGACCUUCUUCAAUUCCUAGCAAUUUUCCAAGAGAUCAAAAAGAACGCAAAUUCCCUACUUAUAUCUUUUUAGAGGAACAAAGAAACGGAGAAAAAGUUAAAAGAGAUUGGCUCGUUUGGAGUAAGGCUGUGGCAUCACUCUUUUGUUUCCCUUGCUCCCUUUUUGGAUCGCUUAACUUAACCAGACCCGGUGUUUAA